CCUGCGGGACGGUUACAAUAAUUCGCACGCCGUCGUAACUCGUCAGCCGUGUCCGCGUCAUCUUCGUUCUAUAUAUUUAUAUAAAUAUAUAUAACAUAUAUAUAUAUAAACAUAAAAAACACAAUAUUAUUGAGUUCACGAGACAUCCGAUAACGAACGUAAUAUUAACACUGUAUUUAAUGGUACAUUGUAUUAUUACGUCGAGACGACGAAAAUAUAUUUUCAGAAAAUAUUUUUGAAAAAAGUUCUCUAGCACCAAUUGUAAAAUAGUCGAAAACCGUUAGCGGUCUUAUCGAACUUUAUUUUCCUCUCCCGGCCGGACGCGUUACAAGAAAGUUCGCGUUCAAAUCCGCGAGAUAUUUUCACAUAAACAAUAAUGCACUUAGCCCCUCGGAAUAGUAUAUAAUCGGUUUUACCGAAAUAGUAUGAACUCGGUCCAUAACUCGGAGUAUCUCCUGAAACGCUGGACGAACAAUUUAACGAGACAUAUUAACGCACCGUCUGCACACGAAAUGUUCAACAACACGACGGCACGUAAUGUCAGCAGUUUAUGGACGAAAAAUGCGGCCGGUAUGGAACAGGCGGCGGUGAUCGAUGAACUGAUCGCUGAAUUUUCGUCAUCGCAAAUGAAAUUUACUGAAACCAGAAGUAUCAUGUUGAUCGGCCUGUACGUCCCGUUGUUCCUAGUUGCAGCCAUAGCGAAUUCCGUGGUAAUCGUCGUGGUUAUCAAGUAUCACUACAUGCGGAGUGUGACCAAUUACUUUUUGGUGAACUUAUCCAUCGCCGAUCUGUUAGUGACAUUCAUAUGCAUGCCAAUGGCCGUUGGACAAUCGGUGACCGGCUUGUGGCUGUACGGCGAGACUAUGUGCAAAUUAACAUCGUAUUUACAAGGCGUUUCAGUUGGUGCAAGCGUUUUUACCAUAGCUGCAAUGAGUAUUGAUAGAUAUUUAGCAAUCGAACAUUCGAUGUCAUUCAGAAAGGUACUCAAUCGAAAAUCAACCAUCUAUGUCAUACUUGCUUUAUGGCUUGUGUCCAUGACUAUAUUCGGCCCAGUUUUGUGGGUCCGUCAAACAGAAUCCGUGGAAUUAGGAGAUGAUCCAAUAUUAAUUGAUGCAGUCCAUAGAUACGGUUUGGCAUGGUGUAUAGAGGACUGGGGAAAUGCACAUGCAAAAUCUACGUUAUCCAAACACGUUUAUGGUAUUUUAUGUUUUGUUCUGGUGUAUGCUACGCCUGGAUUUUUAGUGACUGGAGCCUACACGUUGAUGGGUCGGAGACUAUGGGCAGUUCGACCACCCUUUGAUGACCAGCAGGGCAUGAUAAGUGUUCAACAGGUCAGAAUGGUACGAGAGAGACGUAGGGUAGCAAGAAUACUCUUUGUCUUAGCAGUAAUAUUUGCACUGUGUUGGCUACCAUAUAACUUAUUAACACUUUUUUUAGAUUUAGACAUCACACUUGAUAAAUUUGGUUUAGAUCAGGAGUAUUUAAUGAAAUGGUAUCCUUUUACACUACUAUUGGGCCAUGCUAAUUCAGCAAUCAACCCAUUAUUGUAUUGUUUUAUGACAAGGAAUUUUCGAAGAACUAUUAAAGGUUUUGUAUGUAACACUGGAAUCGCUAAACCGAGAAGAAGAAAUCGAUGCAAAGUUUCAGAAGGGGUUGACCGAGAAAAGCACAACCAGUGGAUACGGCUCGUUCCGCAACCCACGUCGGCUGUGUUUCACCCUGGCCCAACUACGCCAAAACAAUACAGUCCAAACACGAACUGCAACGAUAUCAAACCUUGCUGUUCUGUAAAUGAAAAUGAGUUCAUUUUGUAAUAUUCAAUUUCAUAUUAUAUAAUUUGUAUUAUAAUGUAUAAAGCUUAAAAUUUGUCCAUAUUCGAACAAAAACUUCUCGUACAUAACAUGUUUUUAUUGUUAUUAUGUUUAUUACAAAUAUUUACUAAUUAUUUUUUAAAUUUUUUGUUUUAAAUAUAUAAAAAUAUUAUACUGUA